GGCCGGUCGCUGCGGCAGCAGGAGGUCGCGAGCCUGCUCUGUCGGCAGGCCGUCCUCCGGGCCUCCCCUCGCCUGGCCCCUCGGUGGGGCCCGCGCGCACGCGCACUCGUCCGCCGCGCCCCACCCCCGCGCGCCGCCGCGUCCUCCGACCCCUGGCCGCGCGCCGCAGACCGCUGAGGGCGGCAUGCGGGACUACGACGAGGUGACCGCCUUCCUGGGCGAGUGGGGGCCCUUCCAGCGCCUCAUUUUUUUCCUGCUCAGCGCCAGCAUCAUCCCCAACGGCUUCAACGGCCUGUCGGCCGUGUUCCUGACGGCGGCCCCGGAGCACCGCUGCCGGGUGCCGGACACCGCGAACCUGAGCAGCGCGUGGCGCAACCACAGUAUCCCGCUGCGGCUGCAGGACGGCCGCGAGGUGCCGCACAGCUGCCGCCGCUACCGGCUCCAGGCGAUCGCCAACUUCUCGGCGCUCGGGCUGGAGCCGGGGCGCGAUGUGGACCUGGAGCAGCUGGAGCAGGAGAGCUGCCUGGAUGGCUGGGAGUUCAGCCAGGACAUCUACCUGUCCACCAUCGUGACCGAGUGGAACCUGGUGUGUGAGGACGACUGGAAGGCCCCGCUCACGAUCUCCUUGUUUUUCGUGGGUGUGCUGGUGGGCUCCUUCAUUUCGGGACAGCUUUCAGACAGGUUUGGUCGGAAGAACGUGCUAUUUGUGACCAUGGGCAUGCAGACAGGCUUCAGCUUCCUGCAGGUCUUCUCAAAGAACUUCGAGAUGUUCACUGUGCUGUUUGUCCUUGUAGGCAUGGGCCAGAUCUCCAACUAUGUGGCAGCAUUUGUCCUGGGAACAGAAAUUCUUGGCAAGUCAGUUCGUAUUAUAUUCUCUACAUUAGGAGUGUGCAUAUUUUAUGCAUUUGGCUACAUGCUGCUGCCACUGUUUGCUUACUUCAUCAGAGACUGGCGGAUGCUGCUGCUGGCGCUGACUGUGCCGGGGGUGCUGUGUGCCUUGCUCUGGUGGUUCAUCCCUGAGUCCCCCCGAUGGCUCAUCUCUCAGGGACGAUUUAAAGAGGCAGAGGUGAUCAUCCACAGGGCUGCCAGAAUCAAUGGGAUUGUUGCACCGUCAACCAUCUUCGACCCAAGUGAGCUACAAGACCUAAGUUCCAAGAAGCAGCAGUCCCACAGCAUUCUUGAUCUGAUCCGAACCCGGAAUAUCCGAAUGCUCACCAUCAUGUCUAUAAUUCUGUGGCUGACCAUAUCCGUGGGCUAUUUCGGGCUUUCCCUUGACACUCCUAACUUGCAUGGGGACGUCUACGUGAACUGCUUCCUUUCGGCAGUGGUCGAAGUCCCAGCGUAUGUGUUGGCCUGGCUGCUGCUGCGGUAUCUGCCCCGGCGCUAUUCCAUGGCCACUGCCCUCUUCUUGGGCGGCGGCGUUCUUCUCUUCGUGCAGCUGGUACCCCCAGAGUUGUAUUAUUUGGCUACGGUCCUCGUGAUGGUGGGCAAGUUUGGAAUCACUGCUGCCUUUUCCAUGGUCUACGUGUACACAGCUGAGCUGUACCCCACAGUGGUCAGAAACAUGGGUGUGGGAGUCAGCUCCAUGGCGUCCCGCCUGGGCAGCAUCCUGUCUCCCUACUUCGUUUACCUUGGUGCCUAUGACCGCUUCCUACCCUACAUUCUCAUGGGAAGUCUGACCAUCCUGACAGCCAUUCUCACCUUGUUCCUCCCAGAGAGCUUCGGCACCCCCCUCCCAGACACCAUCGACCAGAUGCUAAGGGUCAAAGGAAUGAAAUAUAGGCAAACUCCAAGCCACUCGAGGAUGUUAAAAGAUGGUGAAGAAAGCCCCACAAUCCUUAAAAGCACAGCCUUCUAAUAGAACCUCUAGUAAGUGAGAAAGUGAAGAGGAAAGACUGCGUCUUGUCGGAAAUGGCUUGUACAGACAUUGAGUCCCUCAGUGGCAAAGGUCUUUGCUGUUCAUUCUUCUUGACUCCAUGUCUGACUUGCUCGUGGAUGGACACCCGACUCAGAGGCAGCAUAUGAUCCUAGAGUGCCACCCUCCCUCCAGGGAUACCGUGACUACCGACAGACAACUUUAGAUAAGUCCUAUCUAUUGCAGUGAUGGACUUGGCGCGUCCUUAGAAGUUAACUAUUUACUAGAACCAGUGGGAUUUAGAAGAAUAUGAGAGGCAUCUGCUAAAUUUACAUUUUAAUUUCAGACUGCCUGAAAAGGCCCCGGAUGAAACUGGAUCUAAUCCCCCCACCCCAAAUUUUUUCCCCAUUUCCCUCUAAUGGUGCACUUUAGAGGAAAAGAAAUAAUUUCACAGGGAGUCUGAUUUCUUACACUUUCUCAGUUACAAAGGAUAUUAGCUGGGAUUGUUGCGUCCCCAGGGCAGGAGAGCACAGGUCUGGGGAAACCACUAAAGGUCAUUGAUAGGGAGGAGACUGAGGAGAUACAGAACACUGGCAAGUGCAUUGAUUUGUGAGUUUUUGGACGCUCAGUAUGACUACUGGGUAGACUUGUUUACAUCUGUUCAAAGCUUUGGGCUUGUCCAGACCCAUAAGAGAUGCAUAAUGGAAUCUACUAUUCUUGUUUUCCACUGCUGUGUAAAUCAAACCUCCUAGCUACUAUGGUUUCUGAUGUAUGGUUUGCAGGAAAUGUGUCCGUGAGAAGGAGACAAGCAAACUUGUCUCUUCUCUCAAAACUAUAAUAGGGAUUUUGUUUGUCUGUUUGUUGUGUCUUUUUCUCCCUAAGUUAUUUGCCCUUCAGAAUAGACUUAGGAAAGGCUGGUUCCUUAGCUUCCUGGUUUGUGUCUUUUUUUUUUUUUUCCAACCCAGAAUCACUCUGGCAAUGGUCUGUAGUUGCCACUUGUGCAAGGCCUUAGCCACUAGCACUUCUCUGGGUGCCAAAAAUGAUGUCAUUGUGUGUGUUCCUUUGUGAUACCUAAUCAUGAGAAAAAAUUACAAAGAAGAAAAAUUGUGUUCAGAGUCUUUCAGAGUUGCUCACUUCAGUUGUGUAACAUUGGGAGAUAAUUUCUGUUCAGUGUAAUUGUCUUCUCUUUUCUGAUUAUGUUACCAUGGAACUUCUAAAGCAUAUGUUUCACCUGGUUAAAAACCAUAUUUCUGUGAAAGCUACUGAAGUGCCUUGGGAAAUGAAGAUGUUUUAAUAAAUAAAAUGAUUUUUUUUAAUAAUA